GUUUAUUCAAUUCUCGUUAGAUAUUUCAAGAAUAUAUAUAAAAGAUAUACUUCGAAUCUUUUUCAUUUAAAAUCGAUAUAUUUAAAAGAAAAAUGAAAAUUAUCGUGGUUCUUUUUGCUUUAUGCAUUUGCGUUGGUGCAUUGACCCUUGAAGAAUUAAAAAGCGAAUUACUUACUGCGGAGCCAAUUUGCAUGACAGAAACUGGCGCUAAUCAACAAAUAAUAGAUGAUAUUAAUAAUGGCAUUGUCUAUGUAGAAGAUGAAAAUGUCCAAUUAUACGUUGAAUGUAUGAUGAAACGAUUUAAUAUUGUUGACGAGUAUGGGAACUUUAUGGAAAAAUACACCAGAGAUGUUGUGGGAGCUGUUUUAAAUGACGAUGAAGUUAAUCAAUUAGUCUCCGAAUGUUCGCCUAUCUAUGAUGCCAAUGUACAUCUAAAAAUUAGUAACAUAUUACAAUGUUUUUUUAAAUAUAAAACAAUAAAUGAUAUAUUAAAUUCCUAAAUGUUCAACUAUUAAAUGCAAGAGAUUUGUUCAGCAUAAUG